AUGCCUCCUCGAUUUACCCACCGAAAGUCCACCACCGGAUGUCUCCGAUGCAAAGCACGGAAGGUGAAGUGUGAUGAGCAACGCCCAGACUGUGGCCACUGUACCCGGCAUGGGGUAACCUGUGAAUGGCCAACCUUAAAGCCUCGGAUGUAUAACCCGGACAAGCCAAAGGCUGUUACCAGGCGCCCGGUUCAACCGAGUCCGCGACCCAGCCUGCCAUCCCCGGAGCUUGGGUCGAUGCGCAUCCUCGAGAUGAGACUGGUGCAUCAAUGGGUCACGGAAACAUGCAACACGAUGAGUUCCGCAAAAAUCCCCACCAUGGCCCGGAUGUGGGGGGUGUCAGUGCCACAGAUGGCGUUCGAAUACGAGCCACUUCUGCACACCCUGUUAGCGCUGGGAGCCGCCCAUCGCUCAACGCUUUUACCCCAAGAAGCAAGCGCGCUGCGCCCCGUCUAUCACGGCUAUAUUGAUUCGGCGGUUCAGCGACACCGUCCCGUGACUGCUCAACUGGACGAUACCACCACCGACGCAGUGUGCUUUAAUACCGUUCUUUUAUCCCUAUACACUUUGUUCCUCCGGUCGGAACCCUCGAAACUACCGUACAACCCACCGGUAAUGUGGCUCACUCUGGCUCAAGGCAUUCGCACCGUCAUCAAAUCAGCCUAUGUCCGCUUGGUGGAGAACAACUCCCCCCUGUGCCCGCUGCUUUUCGCCGCGCCGGACGUGUGGCGGAGCACCGAUCGCAAAGAGCGGAUCUAUACCGGGCCAAUGAAACCGCUGCAAUUUCUGCUUCAAUAUCGCCCAGAGGAUGACGCAAUGGACCAGGAGACACUCGAGGUCUACGAGGAGGCUGUCGCAUACAUAGAAAGAUUUUACAUAGCUGUCCAAAAGGGCACAGAGGACUAUCUGCUCCGCAGGAUGUUCUGCGGUUUUCCCCCGGUAAUCCCACAAGCUUACAUUGCCUACGUGGCAGCCAGACGGCCCCGUGCCCUGGUGAUUCUGGCGUACGCUUUUGCGCUGAUCCACGAACAUGAUGAUAUUUGGUGGCUUCUUGGGAUUCCAGCGCGAGAGGUGGAGGGAAUCAACAGCCUUAUUCCCCCCCAGUGGAAGUGGUUGAUGAUUUGGCCAACGCAUGUUAUAUCUGUUGGGUCGGCACAGGGCCAGGAAGUACCCAUCCCCCGAACGAGUACUGUCGUCACGGAGUCAUUCACACCGUGA